UUGGAGAAGUAAAGAAGGCAUUUGUUGAUAUCUUCAUAUCCUUCAAACAACCGCAUAAUACCACAUAACAUCGAUUCAUCAUGUUACGUCAAAUGUGAGCGCUUUCAUUUCUCCUCAAAAUUGCAAUUGAACCUUCCAUAUUAACAUAAUCUUCCAGCAAACCCCGUAAUGCUCGCAGCAAGCGCGCUCUCACAAAAAAAGCACCGAAGCCUGUCGAGAAUCCAAAAACCGCCCUCUUUCUCCGUUAUACCACCUGUUCGCAACCUACUCAAGACUGUCUCACAGAUCUCCAUACCCUCCAUCUACCCCUCGCAAAGAAGUUCACCAAGAAGAAUAGUAUUCAUCCUUUCGACGAUCCUUCUUCCCUUGAGUUUUUCUCGGAGAAAAACGAUGCUUCUCUUUUAGUUUUCGGUUCCUCAUCUAAGAAACGACCACAUUCGAUUACUCUCUGCAGAAUGUUUGAUUAUAAGGUGCUGGAUUUGUUAGAGUUGAACCUUGAUGCGGAUUCAUUCAGGACGCUGAACCAAUUCAAGAACAAGAAAUGCGCUGUCGGAUUAAAGCCUAUGAUUUUGUUCUCCGGUACUCCAUUUGAAAACCCCGUUUCGGAUGAAUACACCCUUGCGAAAUCAAUGUUUCUCGACUUCUUCAAGGGAGAGCCUGCCGACAAAGUGGAUGUUGAGGGUCUUCAAUAUAUUGUAUCAAUUUCAGCCAGGGAUAGUGUAGAUGGAGAGGAGGAAAAGCCAAAGAUUCAUUUACGAGUAUACUUGAUACGGACUAAGAAGAGUGGCCAGAAAUUGCCACGAGUUGAGGUUGAAGAAAUGGGCCCACGGAUGGAUUUCAGAGUUGGCAGAGUCAAGGAAGCGGAUGAGAGCAUAAUGAAGGAGGCAAUGAAACGGGCGAGAGGAAGCGCAGAGAGGCCCAAGAAGAACAUCAGCACGGAUAUCGUUGGUGAUAAGGUGGGUAGAAUACAUCUUGGUAAACAAGAUUUGAAGGAGUUGCAGACCAGAAAGAUGAAGGGAUUAAAGAGAAGCAGAGACGUGGCUGAUGAUGAUGAGGGCGAGGAUGAUGAGGAUAUUGUUAGCGAUGAUGAGCCUGUGAAAAGGUCAAAGAAGGCAUGAGCCAUUAACACUAUGUGCAGUAAUAUCAAGAUAUCAGGUGUUUGGAGUUUUGGCAUGGAAAAGGACUUUUACCAAGAUGCUGGGUUGUGCUCAACGGUUAAAUGCCAGAAUGUAUAAAAAGCUAGCAACUGUAACUUCCACCAAAUUUCUUUCUUGCUCACUUGUAUUUGCAUCUUAUUU